AUGCUCGUUUUGAUUUUCCACUUGCUGCUUCUGAACAUUCUACUUCUCAUGGUCAGGUUCAUUCACCCCAGGUGUCUUUGGAAAAUGAAGCAGAAUGAAGACAAGGAUGGAGACUUGAAGACAGGUUGUGUCUUCCGUCCCACAAUAGUCCAUGGGCCAGUGGAGACGGAGUAUUUCAACAAUAUUUUGAAUAUACAAUCAACACCUGAGAACUACAAGUAUGCACUGGCUUUGGCUUAUACCAUGGAUGAGGUCAAUAGGAAACCUGAUCUAUUACCAAAUAUAUCUUUAGUAUAUGAUUUCUCAGAAGAUAAUUGUAUGAGUUGGUCGCAAGUGUUCACUUUCGAUCAAGAUAUAGAACAAGAUCAUGAUAAUUUACCUAAUUAUGCAUGUGACAUAAAUAUCAUAUGUAUUGUGCUGCUUACAGGACCAAACUGGGAAACAUCUGCGAUAUUUAAGAUAUUUCUAGAACUCUACAAAUGGCAACAGGUCAUACAGCUUACCUAUGGACCCUUCCAUCCAAUCCUGAGUGAUCAGGAAAAAUUUCCCUAUCUGUAUCAGAUGGCCCCCAUGGACACAUCUCUAGCCUUGGCCAUGGUCUCUGCCAUACUUCACUUCAGCUGGAACUGGAUAGGGCUGGUCAUCUCAGACAACGAUCAGGGCACCCAAUUUCUCUCAUAUUUGAGAAGAGAGAUGGAAAAAAGUACAGUCUGUCUUGCCUUUGUCAAUAAGAUUCCAAUCAACAAGCAGUUAUACAUGUCAAGAGCUGAAUUGUAUUAUAACCAAAUAGAGACAUCAUCCGCAAAUGUCGUUAUCAUUUAUGGUGACCCAGACAGCACUCUUGCUGUGAGCUUUCAAAUGUGGCAAUCCCGAGGUUUACAGAGAUUAUGGGUCAUCAAUUCACACUGGGAUGUGAUUACAAGUAAAAGAGACUUCAUGCUUGACUCAUCCCAUAUGACUCUAGCCUUUGCCCACCAUCAUGGUGAGAUUUCUGGCUUUAAAAAUUUUUGCCAGCCAAUAAACUCUCUCAAGUACACAGAUGAAUACCUUGCAAUGAUGGAAUGGAUGAACUUUAACUGUGACAUCUCCACAUCCAACUGUAAGACACUGAGGAACUACUCAUCAAAUUUGUCAGUGGAAUGGCUAGUGGCACAGACUUUUGACAUGGCCUUUAGUGAUGGCCUUUAUGACAUAUACAAUGCUGUGUAUGCUCUGGCCCAUGCACUGAAUGAGAUGGCUAUUCAACAAGUAGAAACUCAGCCAAUGGGUAAUGGGAAAGGAGACCAUUCUAACUGCUGGAAGCUGAACUCAUUUCUGAAGAAGACACACUUCAUGAAUCCUGUUGGGGGCAGAGUAAAUUUGAACCAAAAAGAAAAAUUUCAGGAGGAGUAUGACAUUUUCCUGAUUUGGAAUUUGCCACAAGGUGUUAGAUUUAAGGUGAAGAUAGCAAAAUAUAGCCCAUAUCUUGCACAUGGUCAACAGCUCCAUGUUUAUGAAGACAUGAUAGAGUGGGCCACAGGAAACAGACAGAUGCCACCCUCUGUGUGCAGUGCUGAUUGUGGUCCUGGAUUCAGAAAAUUCUGGCAGGAGGGAAUGGCAGUCUGCUGUUUUGAAUGCAGCCCCUGCCAAGAAAAUGAAAUCUCUAAUGAUACAAAUGUGGGAUACUGUGUGAAGUGCCCAGAGGACCAGUUUGCCAACAGAGAGCAGAACCAGUGCAUUCCCAAAGCAGUGAUAUUUCUGAGCUAUGAAGACCCUUUAGGGAUGACUCUUGCAUUAAUGGCCUUUUGCUUCUCUGCAUUCACAGCUCUGGUUCUUGGAGUCUUUGUCAAGCACCAUGACACUCCCAUUGUGAAGGCCAAUAACAGGAAGCUCAGUUACAUCUUGCUCAUCUUACUCUUCUUUUGUUUCCUCUGCUCCUUGCUCUUCAUUGGCCACCCCAACUCAGCUACAUGCAUGUUGCAGCAAAUCACAUUUGGAGUUGUAUUCACUGUGGCUGUUUCCACUGUGCUGGCCAAAACAGUUACUGUGUACUUGCUGGUUUCGGGGGCACCAAACUACAUCAUUGUCAUCUGUACUCUCAUCCAAGUUAUUAUCUGUUCAGUCUGGUUGGGAGUUUCUCCUCCCUCUGUUAGUAUCGAUGUACACUCUGAGCAUGGCCAUAUAAUUAUUGUGUGCAUCAAGGGUUCUGUCACUGCCUUCUACUGUGUCCUAGGAUACCUGGCCUGCCUGGCCCAGAUGAGCUUCACUCUGGCUUUCUUGUCCAGGAAUCUGCCUAACACAUUCAAUGAA